AUUCUCGACUUCAUCCGCCACACGAGCACAGCAUCCUUCGUUAAAGGAGUUCACGCUUUCGUCUGCUGGAAUGCAGGUGACCUCCAACUACUGAAGGCGCUCUCACGCGAUGGAGUACUAUCGUCAGUGUACAAUGGUUGGCAGCACUGGGAACAGCUUCCCACAUUUCACAUGGACGGGAAUUCUCUGCUCUUCAUUCUUGACUUGGAAUGUAAAGAAUCUUCCGCUCUCCUGAAGAAAGCAGGGGAAAACGGGGAGUUCUUCAAACCUCCACAUGUUUGGCUGAUCCUGCACGAUGCUUCUCCUGCAGGUGCUCUGCGACUCACAGAUACUGUCUCUGACAUUAAGUUACCUGUAUCAACACGGAUAAACAACGGAAGGAACUUUGUAAAAGAACAACAUAUUACCGUGCCCACUUUCAACAAUACAAUAACGACGGAUGUAAUAAAUCUGGGAGAUAAAGAUUGCAAUUCGGCGGAAGUCUGUGACCUAAGUGAUGGGACCAGUUCAAUAAGAAACACGGGGUACACAAACAGUAACAGUAUGCACGUGACUAAAAUUCCUUUUCGCACCAGCAAGGAAAACUCUGAAUUCAACUUUAAAGGAAUUAGUGACGAUACUCCAGUGGAUGAGACUGUAGAAAUUUGUUUUUAUUGUGAAGUAUUUCGUGAGCUGAACAUCCUCGUUGACAGUCAGGUGCUUGUGGGUAGAAGGGAUGCAGAUAGUAAGUACACAAUUCUGGAAGCCUACAGGCGUAGAAAACACGGCGAACUCGUUGUUUCGGAGCUGGGGUACUGGGAGAGGUCAGCUGCCGUCGUCUGGAAAGCUGUCCGCGAAGUAGCGGUAAGGAGACUUGACCUGAAGCGCACAAAGGUGGUGGCAUCCAUUGUGGUCACCAACCCAGAGACGCUAAAUCACCUGAAUGAUCUUCACAACAGGCACAUCGAUACAGUCACUAAGCUCAACUACCUUCUCCUUCUGCACGCAACCGACGUUUUGAAUGCUAGCCUGGAGCUGACAGUGGCGGACGAGUGGGGCUACGAGUCGAACGGCUCGUGGAGCGGCAUGGUGGGCAGCCUGCAGCGGUCGGAGGCGGACGUGGGCGGCACGGCGCUGUUCGUCACGGCGGACCGCAUGCGGCUCAUCGACUACAUCGCCAUGACCACGCCCUCCGUGGCGGCGUUCGUGUUCCGGCAGCCGCCGCUGUCGCUGGUGAGCAACCUGUUCACGCUGCCCUUCAGCCGCGCCGUCUGGGCCUCUGCGGCAGUGCUGGUGGCGAUGUGCGCCGCUCUGCUGCUGGCCGCCACCCGCUGGGAGCGGCACCGCGGAGACCCCCAGCUGACGGCCUACCUGCAGCAGUUCCACGCGGCCGGCGCGCAGCUGCGGGACAAGUGGGGCGAGGUCGCCAUGCUCGCCGUGGGCGCCGUCUGCCAGCAGGGUGAGUCAGUCCAGAGCCGCGGCGUGCCGGGCCGCAUCGUGACGCUGUCCCUGCUGGUGACGGUGAUGUUCCUGUACACCUCCUACUCGGCCAGCAUCGUGGUGCUGCUGCAGUCCACCACCACCUCCAUCCGGACGCUCGCCGACCUGCUCUACAGCCCGCUCGGGCUCGGCGUCCACGACAUCGUCUACAACAGGCACUUCUUCCCGGCGACAGAUGAACCGGUGCGGCGCGCGCUGUACCGGCAGAAGGUGGCGCCUCCGGGCUCCGAACCGCACUUCAUGACGCUGGAGGAGGGCGUGCGGCGCAUGCGCACCGAGCCGUUCGCCUUCCACUCGGAGCUGAGCCCCGCCUGGCAGCUGGUGCAGGAGACGUUCCGCGAGGAGGAGAAGUGCGGCCUGCAGGCCAUCCCAUUCCUGCAGCUCAUACACCCCUACAUCGCCGUGCAGAAGAACGGCGCCUACAAGGAGAUGUUCAAGAUAGCGUACCGGCGCAUCUGGGAGUGCGGCCUGCAGCACCGCCAGCUGUCCCGGCUGUACACGACGCGGAAGCCGCGGUGCGCCGCGGGCCGCGGCAGCAGCUUCGUGUCGGUGGGCAUCGCCGACUGCUACCCCGCGCUGCUCGUGCCCGUCUACGGCGUCGCCUUCGCCGUCGUCGCCCUCUUGCUCGAGAUACUAUUCCACCGCAGAAAAGUGAAGAGGACAACAACUGUGACCGUCAUGAACACAAGACGUAAUGAAGAUCGUAAAACAUCGAGUUUCUCAAUACGUACACUCCAAUAA